UCACAGAGUUUCAUAAAUGAACUUCACACAUUGACAGAAGUGGCCUCAGGCGUUUGCAGCCACUAUAUAAAGAUCUGAAGCUUCUUCACUCAUAUUUGUUGGUGCACCCAGAGUCAACGCUUUUUGUGGCCGGUGAGAUCUCAACCACUGCAGCAAUGCCUCCCCCAGGUGUGUGUAUGAACAUCAUCAAUGCACGUCAUAAGAAAGAUGGUUAUGGGACUGUCACCAACCCUGAGAAGUUCCUCAACCAAGAUUUCCAGCAGCUGAAACAGUACUGUCUGAUUCGAAAUGUAAGGUACAUCGAUGAGAUGUUCCCCCCUGACAGGAACUCCAUUGGCCCAGGGAUACUGUCACCCAGCGACCUGGCCCGAGUUGUGUGGGUGAGACCAUCGAAAAUUGUUCCCAAUCCAUCUUUUGUUGUCGACGGGGUCUCCAGAUUUGACUUUGGUCAAGGCAUUGUUGGAAACUGCUGGUUUCUUGCAUCUAUCGGAGCUCUGACGUUCCAGAAUUUCAUCCUUGGACAAGUUGUUCCUCUAGAGCAAAAUUUUGAUGAGGAGUACUGUGGGCUGUUCCAUUUCAGGUUCUGGAGGUUUGGAAGGUGGGUGGAUGUCGUCAUUGAUGACAAGCUACCGACAAUCAAUGGCAGACUAAUCUUCGUCCACUCCAAAGACCCAACUGAAUUCUGGCCUGCUUUGCUGGAGAAAGCCUAUGCCAAGGUGUGUGGUUCCUACUCAGACAUGAAUGCUGGAACUCCUUCUGAGGCUUUGGUGGACUUCACUGGUGGUGUCCACAUGUGCAUCCAGCUGUCAGAUCCUCCUCCAAGCCUGUGGGAGCUGAUGUGCAGAGCUGGCCUAUCCAAGUCCCUGAUGGGUUGUGGUACACCUCAGGGGGAGACAUCUGCCAACACUGUACUACCAAAUGGAUUGGUCCAAGGCCAUGCCUAUGCUGUCACGGGUGUGAAACAGAUGAUGAGCCGAGGGCAACCCGUAAACCUGGUGCGUUUGUGGAACCCCUGGGGCCAAAAAGAGUGGAAUGGAGACUGGAGUGAUCAGUCACCUUUGUGGCAAACCGUGAGUCCUCAAGAACGCGAGAUGUGCCUUUCAGUGGUUGAUAAUGGGGAGUUUUGGAUGACCCUGCAAGACUUCUGUAAAUUCUACUCAGAUCUCGAUAUCUGCUGCCUGUGCCCUGACUUCCUUGAUGGAAGCUCAUCUUGCCAUUGGAAGACUUCCUUCUAUGAGGGCAGAUGGGUUGCAGGAACCACUGCUGGAGGAUGCAUGAAUAACCCUGCGAGCUUCUGGACUAAUCCACAGUAUCGGGUCAAGAUUGACAAGUUACUCAAUGAAUGUUCUGAGACACAGGGUUCAGACAAUAUGCUGGUGUCUCUCAUGCAAAAGCCUGACAAGAGGAACAGACGCCUGGUCAAAAAUCUCCACAUUGGAUUCUCGAUAUUUGAGGUGACUGAUGAGUACAAGGGUGAGAGAGGGAAGUUCCCAGCCUCUUUCUUCACCAGAAACAGACCUGUGGCCCAAACUAAAACCUACACGAAUUCACGUGAGGUGAUGCUGUUACUGAUGUUAAAGCCUGGUGAAUACCUGAUUGUGCCGUCCACCUUCAGUCCCAAUGAGACAGCCUCCUUCAUCCUGACCAUCCUGUCCAAGGCAGAGACCCAUGUCCAUGAGAAUUCUGGUGGCCAUGACCACAACCAUGCAGAAGAGCACUCACCAAUCGAAAAUAAAGAAGAUGACGAAAAUAAGAGAACCUUCUUCCGUCAGUACUCUGACAAGUAUGAAGAAGUGGAUGCUGAGCUGCUACAGACGAUUCUAAAUGACAGAAUCCUGAAAGGAGACUUGAAAUCUGGAGGCUUCAGCAUUGACGCCUGUCGCAGCAUGGUUGCUCUGAUGGAUACAUCUAUCACUGGCAAACUGAAUGGUGAGGAAUUUCUGCGUCUGUGGAAGAAGGUUGCCUCAUACAAGGACAUUUUCUUCCUCACUGAUGUUUCAAAGACAGGAACACUGUCACUGAGUGAGCUCAGGAAUGCAAUCAUGGCCUCAGGAAAGAGGAUCAACGAUGACAUGCUGAAUCUGAUGGCUCUGCGCUAUGGUGCCUCCUCUGGACACAUAACACUGGAGAGCUUCAUCAGUCUAAUCCUGCGCUUUGACUGUAUGAACCAAAUCUUCAGCCAGUUGUCUGACGGAUUGAACAUGACUCUUCGCGAAUCUGAGUGGCUGUACCUUUCGAUGUACACUUAACCUGACAGAGAAGAUGAGCUGCAGGAUUCAUUUGGAAGUGCAGCAACAGAUGUGAAAAAAAUAAAAAUAAAAAUAAAUAAAAAUAUGCUAUUCUGCAAUUUAGCUAUUACAUGGUUUGGAACUAUGGUGCAUUUACUUCAUUCUAGUGCAAAAUAGAGUGGACCAAUGGGAUAGACACACAGUGUAGCAGACAUAGUAUUGUCUCUCUGAUUGGGUACUAAGUGGGUUACUAUGUUUUCUGUUUUACUGUGAGAUGGGAAUAACAUAAUUUUUUUGCCAUAGAAUUGGGUACACAGCCUAUAUCGCUGGUGCCCAGGGGAUGAACCCCACUGACUUUGGUGAUCCUCCAACCUAUGAUGGUUUUCAGUAUAAUUUCUUGAAAACUAUUGGACUGGUUGCCAUGGAGUUUGGUACAGACAUUCACGCCUCCCUCAGGAUGAGUAGUAAUCCCUUUUGGAAUCCCUUUACUUUUCAUCUAGUGCCAUCAGCAAGUAAAAAUUUUACUCUGUCCAAUAUUUUCUCAGCUGCAGGUCAUCUGCCAAAUAUCAAAUUUAAGUAUGUUAGCAUUAAAGGUGGACAUGUAAGCAUGCUGACAUUGACAUUUGCGUAGCCUCAUUAUGCUAAUAGCGUGGCUGUAGAUUCUUAGUAUUGUUAAGCUUAUUAGCCAGUCUCUCAGAUGGGAUAUUUUACAUUUGAAGCGGGUUCAUACAUUUUCUGUUUUAGGUGGGGAUGGAUUUUUUUAAUC